AUGAAUAGUAGAAAAGAAAAUCAAAAAUAUCCACUUGUCGUAAUACAUAAUGUAACAACAUUUUCAAAUAAGCAAAUCGAGCAGUAUUGCAAAAAAUAUGAUAAAGAUAUUCGUUGUUUUCGUAAACGAAAUCGAAAUAACCAUGAAUAUGUACAUGUUUUAUUUUCGUCGAUUAUAUCUGCGAAUAAUUUUCUAAAUGAGCGACCUCAUUUUAUUCAAAAUUGUCGAAUAAAUACAUCAUUAGUUAGUGAUCCAUUAUGUGGACCAAAAUUUGUUUGCAUACAAAUCGAUAAAUAUGCUUCUAUUACUGAAGACAAUCUAUACGACUAUACAUCAAAACAUUUUGGACGUAUACUUAAUUGUGUUUUAUAUGAUUCACGGGGUUAUGCGUUUAUUGAAUUUCAUCAAGUGGACGAUGCACAUCGUGCAUUAGCAUCAUCAGAUCAUCAGUUAAAUGGUUGUUCAAUUCAAUAUUGUCCUCGAAAUAAGUCGUCGAAGAUUCUUCCAUUAAUUUCAUUGACAAGACUUAUUCAUAUUGGAAAUUUUUUAAAUAAAGAUCAAGAAAAUCUUCCAUUAUAUUUUCCUAAUUUACAGAAUUUUUCAAUACAUAAAAAUUGUUAUGGGCAAAAAUAUAUAUUGGGUAUAUUUAAUCUAAAUGAUAGUAUUAAAUUAUUAUUAAAACGAGCUUUUUGUUUAAAUGGACGUGUAUUGAACAUAUUCAUAGAUAAUGAUGAUAAAUUAACUGAGUGUAAUAAUUAUCUACUUGUACGUAACGUAUCUUAUCGUCUCAAUGAUUAUAAUUUACUUGAAUAUUUUUCUCAAUAUGGUCGAAUACUCAAUUGUUAUAGAUAUGGACAAACAGAUGCAUAUCGUAUACAAUAUCGUGAUAAAUCAAGCUUAAAUAAAGUAAUAGAAUUCAAUCGCAUACACGUUAUUAAAAGCAUUCGCAUGCAAAUUGAAGGUGAAAAAAAUUAG